AUGGAGGAUGGAGGAUGGAAUCCGGUGAUAAGAAGAAGACGAGUUGCAAACCAAUACAGUAGAUCGGUGGAGUAUGGAGUGUAUACUCUCUUUGUGGAUGACAUCCCAAGCUCAAUGACUCCAGAGGGUUUGUACAUGUUGUUUAACAACUUUGGUGUUGUAAAGGACGUUUUUAUCCCGUCCAAAAGACGGAAAUCGACGGGGUCGAGGUUUGGCUUUGUGAGGUAUGACUGUAAGGUAGCUGUCGAAAUGGCGGUGAUGAAGGGUGAUGGCCUAUGGUGCGAUAACAAGGCCCUGAAAGUAAAGAAAGCAGAGUUCAAAAAAGGGGAGUUCAAGCAGCAUACAAUGACCAACAGAGGAGAUGGUCCGAUGACGCAGCGUCCACAGAAGAGUUUUGGGCAUAGAAGGAUGGAUGUUUCAGGUCGAAGAUCAUUUGCAGAAGUCGUCCAGAGUGGUGGCAGAAAUGAGAAGAUGAAGAUGGUUGUACAGGCAUUCGAAGUCGGAAAUGGAUGGCUUUAUGACAGUGUAAUUGUAAGGUUGAAAUCAUUUUUUUUCCUUCGAUGA